AUGACGGAGUGGGAAACAGAUGAUGAGUACACGACAAAGGGGCAUGGAGUUUCUACGUUAUCAACUACCCCAAAGGAAUCUUUCUCUCGAACGCCUUCGGCAAAGUCAAAACGAUCAUCUCGGCGAUCCAUGACCCCUCCGGCAAGGGGCCCAUCACCGAGCAAAAUGGCUACCGACCGUACGGAGAAGAGAUCGUCUCGAGACGUGACAAAUGAUGAGACGAUUAGCAUUCUUGACCCUCGCAGAUUCACUCCAACAUUGCACGCCAAUCUUGUCUCCGAGAUUCUCGCAUUGAGAAGGGAUCAAGAUGAGAAGACGAAGCAGAUAGAGAACCUGGAGAAUGCCUUGCAUUCGGUCAAGGAAGAGCAUGAACAACUGCAGGAGAGUCUCACAGUCACGUCCAAGGAGAGUCGUUCUCUUAAACGACAACUAUCGCUGCUUGAAGGUGGAACCUCGUCUGCAUUGGGCGAACUGGCCAGGGAGAGAGACGAGGCAGUUGACUCUAUUUCUGAUGCGAAAAAGAGGCUUGACUUGGUGCAAAAGAAGCUGCGUAGCCAGGAAGAUGACUCUCAGAGAGUUCACGACUUAUGGGCACAGGAGAAGGAUAACUGGGAAGAUGAACGCCGCAGAUAUGAACGAAAGCUGCAUAUUGCUGAGAGCCGUCUGAAGUUGGUUCUCGAUGAAGUCGCCGUCUAUCAAGCCAACCAUAUGAACGGAAACCAAAAUGGCACCGUCCAUGAUCACGAGAGCGAAACGGAAGAGAGUGGCAAAGAUAACGAUGCUGGCAGUGUCAGAACCAUGAGUAUGACUAACAGCAUUCGACAUUCCCUAUUGAGUGGCCCGGUUUUGCAUCCUGGCAACUCUUUGGCUGACGAACUCAACUUUGAUGACGAUGAUCAGACAGAUGCCGAUGGCCGUGAAAGUGUUUUGUCGAUACGGACAAGCCCGAAGCAUACGCGAACCUUCAGCCGCGACAGUGUGGCUAGUAGGUUGCACCGCAGAAACCAUAGCAUUGAAAGCCUGAAGCGACCGGGCAGUGUGGCGCGAGGCAAACUCUUCAUGAAUCCAUCUGUUCUUGAAGCAUUAGAAGGCGAAGAUGAAGAAAAUGAACCACAAGUGCAAGAGACGGGACUGUUGAAGGCAUCCUAUACGGAUACUGGAAUUCAAUAUUCACCACCGCCUUCACCAGAUAUCCCUCGAUUCAAAUCACCAACUCCAGACAUGGCUUCCCAGCGUGUGAAGACACCAGAGUGUGGUAGUCCUGCACGAGCGGAUACUGAAAUUGAGGCAAAUCAACGCAAAAAACGAGUGCACAUUACACGGCCGUUGGUUAUCGAACCACCAAAGCCUGACAAUAAGAUGGUUUCUGCGGCAGCUCAGACCGUGGAGAUGCCGCUCAGCCCACCCAAAACGCCCCAGACACCAUUUAUUGAGUUGCAAGUCCCCGAGCCUACGCCGGUCUUGAUGGUUACAUCUUCAACCCAAACCGAUGGACCACUUUCCGCUGCUCAUGAUGCAGCCCUGUCACAAUCCCGACUGGCUCCGUCUCCCCCGCCGUUGGAGAUUCCUACUAUCAACAUCCAGCCGCCGACGAGCCGUCCUGCGACGCCGCGGGAGCCUCGCCUGCCGCAGCACUUCAAACACUUCGGCUGCCAGGUGAAUAUUUCCUCACCCAUGUCGACCAGCGAUGCCUCGGUACAGACCGAGGGUAUCCAAGUUGACAAGAGGUUGGCUUUAUUACCAGCGCAUCUCCAACCCUCUGCCAUCACGUCCAGACCAACCUCGCCAAAUGUAUCAAAGCCUGGGGCAGACAAUGAUUUCACACCAGUCCCACCCCGUAAUCCAAGGCGACUGACAAACAGCCAUGACGGCCCUGAACUUCCGUCAUCUCCCAUUACAUCCCCAGGAGACGAUGAGGACCUACAGGAUAGUUACUUGAGCUUGAUUGACGACCACCCUUUGUCUGGCCAAAAGGGAGCCCCUAAGCGAAGCAACCGCAUCAGCAGCAUUUUUGCCGGGUUUGACACCGCUAGCUCUGAUGAAGGUGACGAAUUUGGAGAUGUGGAUGUGAGUGAUUCGGAAUACCGAACGGCUUUAUCUGCACCUAAGCCACAGUCUACGUCAACCAAGACGGCGAAACGCGGAUCUUUUGGGACUGUCACAACGUCUCCGGAACAGCAACGGUCGAAGCCACUGACCAAGAGCUCAAUCAAACCUAUUGGAACUGAGCUGUAUAGCUCGUUUAGUCUUGCAGACAAAGAGAACAUGCCAAAGGGCCAUAUUAGAAAGCCGAGCCGGACGUAUGAGAAGGCGCCUCCCCCAGCACCGUCGUCAAACUCUUCCAACCGGACCAGCGCGAUGCGAAAAGCUGCCAUCAUUCAGAGUGGCAUGGUUACUCAACAAAGCCGCUCCAGGAGCCCUAGCCUUCCGGACGGCAAAUACCCCCCGUUCCCAAUCCCUAAUCGCGCAAGCUCGCGACGGUCUCAACUUGGUCUCUACACGCCCAGUGAUGGGCGCGAAAGUCCUACCAGAGGAGAAAUGUGGCACCGUCGAGGCAGUAGUAGCCGGUCAUCAUACCAGUCCCACAGCAUCCGCAAGGUUCGUUCUGCUGCUGCGUUGCCGAGGGCUCAUCGGUAUCGCAGACAUGGAAGCAGGUCUCCGCCUCCCUUGUCGCCGUCCACCGAAGCACCGGAGAGCCCAGGAUUACCCCCUCUGCCUCGGAACGAUAUCACUACACCUCGCAAUGGACGUGAGAGGGCCCCCCCAAGCUACCGAAGGCACCGACAUGAGCUAUCGACGACGACGGAUAACACGAACAACACUGUGCCAACGACGGAUACAAACGCGUCUCACACGACAGGUGUUGUGGACGCCAUUGCUCAAACCAUGGUGGGCGAAUGGAUGCUGAAAUAUGUUCGACGACGCAAGUCUUUCAGUGUUACUGAAAAUAGUGGCAAGGACGACAGCAGCAACGACCGACACAAGAGAUGGGUGUGGCUUGCGCCUUAUGAACGGUCCAUCUUGUGGAGCAGCAAGCAACCAUCAUCAGGCAGCGCAUUGUUGGGCAAAACUGGCCGAAAAUUGACAAUCCAGUCAGUCCUGGACGUCAAGGACGAUAACCCUGCUCCAAAGGUGAUGCCGACUAUUUUCAAUCGAUCAAUUCUAAUCUUAACACCCCAGAGAGCACUGAAAUUCACGGCAUCAUCAGCCGAGAGACACUAUCUCUGGCUCACAGCGUUGUCAUUCCUGGCGCAUUCCUCUCAAGCGGUGCCGGAAAUCAUCUCUGCUCCGCACCCAAAUGUAAAACCGCAGCCACAACAGCAGCAGCAGCAGCAGCCGCAGCCGCAGCAGCAACAACUACAACAUCAACCACAACUCCAGCAACACCAGCCACUUCCUGACUUUGAAGUACCACAAUCCAGGCUAAAGCGAGGCGGAAUCCGAGACUCCAUCAGACUCGCAAAGGGGAAAACAGCAGCUGCCAGAAUGGGCGUUCCUAGUGUGCCGAGUAUUCCUAGUAUCCCUUCAUCUAGAAUGAGCGAGGCCACUGGGUUCCGUGUUCCUGAUUCUUCCUCGGCACUGUCUGGUGGCCACAGUCGUGAGCAGUCCAGAGAGGCAGCGGAACCGCCAUUCAUUCCUCGCUUUUCGGAGAGAAGUGCACAUGCCGCGGCGGGCCAUGGCCGCAAGCGAAGUAACACGGGGGGCCAUGUGGCUCCUCCGCUGUCGUUUAGAGGGUUUUCAGGACCAGCAGGAACAGGCAACGCACCGCACUACUCGGGUCACAGCACGGCGAAUGGCAGUCUCGACACGAGCAUGUCGUCCGAGGUGUACCAAAGCCAGGGUUCCACCAACACGACGUGGAAUAUGAGCCAGACGGCGUCACAGCGCACGUCUGAAGCAUCUUCGCGGCCCAGUAACUUUUUCGAUGCCAUUGGAACUGUUCGAAUGGAAGCGUUCAUUAGUCCACUCGCCUACUCUCAGUAUAAUGAAUACCCGGAUGACCGAAGUGAGGACUUUCACAGAGUCGCAAGGAGGAGGAGCAAGGAGAUUCGCAGAAGGAACAGUCGCAGCCGCCACCGAGACAGCUACGGAUACCGGGCAGGACGAAGCGAAGAUUCCUACGGAAGAGGACGAUACCAAGCUGAGGAGGAUUACUUCCUUCGCGACGACCCUUUCAAGGGGUUUUAA